CUUUUUUCGUAGUUAAAGGUUUUGGCGUGUGCCGGUUCGUUUUGGUGAGGAUUCUGAAUAAGGAAAUUUAUUUUAGUUCUUUCGGUGACGCCUCUCUCUCUCUGUGAUGCGCGGUGGAGUCUGAAAUUUUCAUUAGAACAGUUCUGUUUUCGAUUUUCGGUUUCUAUAAAGUAUCGUCUAGUUAGCUUCAGUGCAUAUGAAAUUGGACUGCUUAAUUCUGCUGCUAUAAAAUCAGAGACGGAUCUCUACCGAUUGCUGUGGCUUGUUUUCUUUUUGCAGUAGCAUCACCUUCUCAGCUCUUCUUUAGUAGGACAACCAAGACGGCUUUACUCGUACUAAACCUCGCUGCUUUCACAAAUGAGAGAAGGUUCUUGUUCUAUCCGUUGCUCGUCAGAGAGGAUUUGAAGCAGCGCAAGCUGCGCGGGUCCGGUAAUGGACACACAGUCAUCCGGAGAAGAUUUGGUCAUUAAGGCAAGAAAGCCAUAUACUAUUACCAAGCAACGAGAGCGAUGGACAGAGGAGGAGCAUAACAGGUUUCUUGAUGCCUUGAAGCUCUAUGGCCGAGCAUGGCAGCGCAUUGAAGAACAUAUUGGAACAAAGACUGCUGUGCAAAUCAGAAGUCAUGCUCAGAAAUUUUUUUCAAAGCUGGAGAAGGAGGCACACAAUAAAGGUGUUCCAGCAGGACAAUCAAUUGACAUAGAUAUUCCGCCUCCGCGCCCCAAAAGGAAACCAAGCAAUCCUUAUCCUCGAAAGUCUAGUUCAGCUGCUCCUACAUGGGCCACAUCGCAUGUGGCAGCAAAGGAUGGAAAACUUUUAUCAUCAACAUCAUCCUCGCAUUGUAAACAAGUAGUGGACUUGGAGAAAGAACCACUUGAUGAGAGACCUACCAAAGAAGACAAUCCAAGAAAGGGAAAAGAAAAUCGGGAUGAAAACUGCGCAGAAGUCUUAACUAUGCUCCUAGAAGAUCAUUGCUCCUCUGUUUCUUCUGCAAACAAAAAUUACAUACCCACACAGGUGGCACUAAGAAAUGCUUGCACUUUUAGGGAGUUUGUGCCUUCCCUGAAAGGGGUAAUAAGUCAAGAUGUAACAAAUGAUUCUUAUGUCACUACUGAACUUAAUGGAAAUCAGAAUUUGAAGAAAAAUGAUGCCAAAAAGAUAGUUCAAGACAAUGGCACAAGUGGAGCCUCAGAGUCAGAGAACACUAAUGCUUUUCGUAAGAAGUUGGUUCAAGGUGAGAAAGCAGAUGAUUUGAAUUGUGCAUUGCCAACAGAUGGGAUGCAAGGAACUCAGACCUACCCAAGGAAUGUUCCUGUACACGUACUGGAUGGGAGCCUAGGGGCAUGUAACCAAAUUACUCCAGCAGAUAUGUCAUUCACGGAUACUGCUUUUCAUCCUAUGGGCAAGGUUCAUGGACAGCCUAACCUUUUCGCAAAUCCAACUGCAUCUACUACUACUGAACAUGAAAGUAAUGCAUCAAGAUCUUCUGUUCACCAAUCAUUUCCAGCUUUUCACCCUCCCUUCACCCCAUUCCAUCAUGGUCAAAAGGAUUACCAGUCAUUUCUGCACAUUUCCUCCACAUUUUCAAGUCUUAUUGUGUCUUCUCUGUUACAAAACCCUGCAGCCCAUGCUGCAGCUAGCUUUGCAGCCACAUUUUGGCCUUAUGCAAAUGCAGAAAAUACAGAAGAUUCUCCAGCAUGCCCCCCUGGAGGUUUUCCAUCUAGGCAAAUGAACUCCCCUCCAAGUAUGGCAGCAAUUGCUGCUGCCACUGUAGCUGCUGCAUCUGCAUGGUGGGCAUCCCAUGGAUUGCUUCCCUUGUGCGCGCCUGUUCAAACUGCUUUUAGCUGUCCUCCUGUGUCCAUGACUGGGGUUCCAUCAAUGGAUACCGGUGAAGCUCCUGCAGCCAAGAUAGAGAGAGGAGAGAAUUCUCUUCAAUUUCCUUCCUUGCAGGAUCAACAAGUGGACCCAGAACACUUGGAAGCUGUGGAAGCUCAACAUCCAGCUUCAAAAUCACCAAGUGUGUCAUCAUCACACUCUGAUAACGGAGGUGCAGAACCUAAUACUGUACUUAAAGCUGCUGCUGAUGAGAAGGUGGUAGCAUCAACUGAAGAUGUUAAUGAUUCAAACAAUGCAAAGAGCAGAAAACAGGUUGACCGUUCUUCGUGUGGUUCCAACACACCUUCCAGCAGCGAAGUAGAGACCGAUGCAUUAGAGAAGCAAGAAAAAGGGGAGGAAGAACUGAAAGAACCUGAUCUAAAUCACCCACCUUCUGACUCGACUUAUCGUCGCAGUCGAAGUAUCAUCAACAUUAGUGAUCCAUGGAAGGAGGUUUCUGAAGAGGGGCGUAUGGCCUUUCAAGCACUAUUCUCAAGGGAGGUAUUGCCCCAAAGUUUUUCACCUCCCCCUAAGGACGAAGAGCAUCAGACCACUACAAAAGAAGGAAAGCAAAAUGCUGAGGAGAAAGAUGAAGAUGCAUCACUAUUAGACCUAAACAAAAAGACAUGGGUGUCAUUUUCGUGCCACCCGGAAGUGGAGAAAAAUGUGUCACCCGUAGGAGACAACAAUGCAGAGGGGCUGCUGACAAUAGGACUUAGCCAGGGAAAACUUAAGGCUCGUCGAACAGGAUUCAAGCCUUACAAAAGGUGCUCGGUAGAGGCUAAUGAGAACAGGGCAGCCAAUGCCAUCAGCCACUGUGAAGAGAAAGGUCCCAAGAGGUUACGCUUGGAAGGGGAAGCUCAAACUUGACAUUUGGCAUUGCAUUGCAAAUCAAAGGAAACCUUUGUUGUUGCAUGCAAUCUAAUAGUUUCCCCUUUAUUUAUAUAUUGUUCCUUUGUGUUUCAUUUCUAGUCCAGCAGAUCAGAAACUUGCCUUGGUGUGUACCGUAUAUAAUCUACAUUUGCUCGUUAACUAUCUUGAACCCUUGGAACUGCGCUUGAAAGAUUUCCUUAAUUAGACUUCAGCUAAGAAACAUUUUAAGUA